AUGCCUAUUAUCAAAGUCAGUGAUAGAGAAAAAUUAAGGUUGCUAAAGGUAAUAGAUUCGCAUAGAACACUGUCGUGUGCGUUCAGAACCUGGGAUCUCUGUGAAUAUCCUGUGCUCCCUAGAAAUACUUCUCAUUCGUGGACGGUAAAGUCUAGCAGCUUGCUCGAAAAGCCGAGAUUUGUGAUGUUUGGAUUACAAACAGAUCGAAAAAAAAAUAUCGAAAACGAUGCUGGUCGAUUCGAUCACUGUCAACUAAAAAAUCUUAAGGUUCACUUAAAUUCUGAAGUGUUCCCAUAUGAAGACUUUCACGCUGAUUUUAAAAAUAAUACAACUAGUAUAUUGUAUAAGGCCUAUACAGACUUUCAAAAAUCGUAUUAUGAGAGAGACUACAGCGAACCAUUAUUAUCAAAACAUAUUUUCCAAAAUUAUUUUCCAAUCAUCGUUGUUGAUUUGUCACACCAGAACGACAACGUCAAAUCAUCGACCGCAGACCUACGAAUUGAAUUUGAAAUGGGUACAGUUAUUCCAGAAAAGACUGCAGCCUAUUGUUUAAUACUACAUGAUCAGAUUAUAACUUAUAAUCCGUUUAGCGGCGAUGUUAGAAAAUUGUAA